CCCUAUCGUCACUGACGCAAACAUCGGCCCUUGUAUCCUGUUGGAUCGGAGGAAGAAAGCGAUGGCAGCGUAGGAGAAGGAAGCAGAGGAAGAAGAGAAAAAACAGUGUGAAAAGUGUUGUCGUGGAUGAGGAGUUAUGGUUGUGGGGAAGAUGAUGAAGAUCGUGUCCCCACACACUCUACCUUCACGAUGUGGCUGCCUCCCCCUCCUCCGGCCACCUUUAUUCCUCUCUCCUCCUCUUCUUCCUCAUCCUCCUCCCCCUCUUCUGAGGCGAGUUAUGGAGAAGCAGAAGGAGAUGAAGGAGAUGAAGGAGAUGAAGGAGAUGAAGGAGAUGAAAUGGAUGAGCAAGAGCGGCAGCUGGUCGGGGUCCCGAUGCAUGAUAGCAGGGAGGACGAAGAUGUUGAUCGUGAUGCUGUUGCUAGGGCAGGUUCUAGCGCCGAUGACGACGGCGAGCGCGGUGAAUCCGGUGAUGCAGUGAACCCUCCCGCGAUCAAUGGUAAUUAUGAUCAAGAUGGCGAUCCUGAUGGGGAGGGUGGAAAUCAAGAUGGCGAUCCCAAAGAAGAUUUGCGUCCAUUGGAUGAUGGUCUGCUUAGACAUCACCGUAAUCAUGAUGAAGAUGGCGAUCUUGAUGGCGAUGGUUGAAAUCAUGGAGCCGCAAAGGGGAUAAAUGCCCGCGUGGAUG